AUGACCAACAAAACCGUCGUCCCUUCCCCCCUCCCUAUCCAUACCAAGCCGCAUUCUCAACCCGCCAAAACUAGUGAUGCCGAACCAAGCCUACCAAAACCCAAACUGCGCCUUCAUUUACAAGAUGCUCGCCAUGCAGCUGCAGCCUCAUUUUUCCGCUUCAUACCAGACCUCGAAGCAGUACUAAACUCCGCACUGGCGGCCAUUGUCGACCAACUUUACAUUCCUUCAUCAUCAUCUUCUAAUAAACACAAAGCACCAGCAUCGUUUACUCCCACCAUCCCACCUACCCGCUCCGUGACCAUCAUCCUAGAAGACUUUAACGGCGUAGCAUACACCACUGGCACUGACCUAGACAACGAUCAUAAAGAAAUCCAUUUCUCACUAUCAUACAUCAACCACGUGAUCAACACCAACAGCGACGCGCUCAGCGAGCUAAAAGGCGUACUUACCCACGAACUAGUCCAUUGCUACCAACACACUGCGCCUCCUCCCGCCAGCUCAAAGGAUAAAGAUAUCCCGCAUCCACCGGGAGGUCUGAUCGAAGGCAUCGCAGAUUUUGUUCGCCUAAAAGCUGGUCUUGUUCCACCGCAUUGGAAGAAGCCAACAAAUUCGAAGGAGCGGGCGGAAAAGUGGGAUGCGGGGUAUCAGAAUACGGCGUUUUUCUUGGAGUGGUUGGAGGAUGAGCGAGGGCGAGGGACGGUGGGGUUGGUUAAUGAUCGGUUGUUGACGAGGGGGUAUGUUGGUGAGGAGGAAGGGGACACGGAUGGGAAAGGCUUUUGGAGGGGGUUGUUUGGAGUUGGUGUGAAGGAGUUGUGGGAGGAGUAUGGGAGGUAUUUGGAUAGGUAG